AUGCCCGCAAUCAUUCACCUGAUCGGUGAAUAUGAUGGUGUCCUCCAUCGUCAUGAGAGUAUCGCUGGGAAUUUGGGCGCAUGCCCUUUAGGUCCCAUCUUGAUUAAGCGCUUUGAGCGCCUCUUCGACGGCCCUCCCCGCGUACUCAAAUCGCACGGCAAAGACUCCCCCAACAUCACCUGGCUGGACGUAGUGGAGUUCGCCAAGAACAAACCAGAGCAGUUCAAUCUGGAGAAGACCCGCAAUGGCGUGCGAGUCUGUCAAUUCUACACCAAGCAGUGUCGGGUGGAGAUCAGCGAAGAAGACUUCGUGCUAAUCGCAUCGGGAAUGCCGCAGAAAAUGAUUCCCCCGCAGCCGAUUAUUGAGGAUGAGGAGAAGGAGUUGGGCGCGUUAGAGAUUUUGGAGAAGAAUCUCCAACAAAUUAUCCAGGUCGCAGACCAAGUGUCCGCGCGAGCGAGACAACUCAACCAUCGUCUCAAAAACCGAAGAACGGCGAUUGUCACCCGUCGGGAGAAUGAUCUAUCUCUUCAUUCGCAGUCGCAAUCACAAUCGCAACAGCAGCAGCCACAACAGCAACAGCAACAGCAACAGCAUCGCUCUAUCAGCCCCGUUUGGCGCGACACCAAUGGAAGUCAGCUUCCGCUGAACGGCAGCAGUCACUCGAACACCCAGUCUCCCUCCACCGGCUUCGUUGCGGUCAACACCGGCCGGCCCGGUGGGGAACCCACAACGGAAGACAAUGCGCUGUCACAACAGGAGCGGGUCCCAAAACCGCCAGUCAUCCCGGCCACGGCCGCGGGCGCAGAUGCGACAGAGUACAAUAUGUACACCCCCGCCCCAACAACCGUCGCCAUCCCCAACACUCCGUCAUCGCUGCUCCCUCCGCCCAAGUCCCACCACCAUGAGAAGGACGACGGUGGUCCGUUCAAGAUGGAGAUGGUUGCCCGCAUGGAAGAGCUGCAACGCGGCGAACGCAUACUGCCCCCAUGUGAUCGGUGUCGUCGCCUCCACAUGGAUUGCUUGAAGAACCUUACAGCAUGCAUGGGUUGCACGAAGAAGCACGCCAAGUGUUCUUGGAAGGAUGUCAAAGCGGAGGAGCUACAGGAACCACGUGAGCAUCGUGAGCCACGCCCCGAUCCAAUGGCACGGGAGCGGCCAGAAAGUUUGACCCCGAAAGAGUCACUGCCGACGACCACAGCACCGGCACCGAUGGCGCCAUCUAUAUCUUCCGCGCUCACGCCCCCUUCAGCUGUAGUGGUACCUGAAAUCGAUCGUCAUCGAGAGGUUGAUUACAACGUGCGCAGGGAAUCCGCUCCAACAGCGGGUCCCAUAGCCGGGACUCCACUCGGAAAGGAGCCGUCGCCCCGCCGGGCGAUGAGUGAGAUCCGGGGGGGCUCCUUAAGUCAUGACAGGCAUAUCGGUAUCAACCGCAACACCAACCCAGCCGCAGAGGAUGAUGACCCAGAUGCCAAUCAACGGCUGAUGCAGGCAAUCCUCGACACGGUUGACCACCAUGCGCGGGCUGCAGCCGCCGCAAAAGAGGGUGGGCAACCGAUGACUGAGCGUGACCGCGAGCAAGAACGAGACCGAGACCGGAAACUGGUGAAAGCUUAG